AUGGUGUCUUCCAUUUUCGACGGGAAGCUUAAUAUCCUCGUGAGCAACGCAGGAACCACGGCGUAUAAAAAGACGCUAGAUUGGUCCGUGGAAGACUACUCAACUGUGAUGGCGACAAAUUUGGAGUCACCUUUCUAUUUGUCGCAGUUGGCAUAUCCUAUGUUGAAAGCAUCUGGAAAUGGAAGCAUUGUGUUUAUCUCUUCCAUUGCCGGGUUGGUGGCUCUUCCUUUUCUAUCGGGUUACGCAGCAACCAAAGCUGGAAUCAACCAAUUGGCCAAGAACUUGGCCAGUGAAUGGGCCAAAGACAACAUCCGGGCAAAUGCGGUUGCCCCUUCUGGAACCAAGACUGGCAUCCUCCCACCCGACCCGGAAGUUUGGAAAGAAUAUGCUCAUCUCUUGGAGAGGACUCCGAUCAGUAGACUUGCGGAGCCAAAGGAGGUGUCAUCGUUGGUGGCAUUUCUUUGUCUGCCAGCAGCCUCUUACAUUUCUGGCCAAGUUAUUGCUGUAGAUGGGGGUUACACAGCUAAUUAA